UGCCUGGGCCAGGCACGACCCAAGGUGCCCCCGACCCUGCCGGCCUCGCCGGGGGGGCGCGGUCCCGGACUACAUUUCCCAUCGCCGCCUCGGCCGGGGGCGGUGCGGAGCGGUGCGGAGCGGGGGGCGCGGAGCGCGGCGGGGCCCGCGCAGGCGGAGGCGCGGAGCCGCGCAGGGGCAUCGGGCCCGUUCGGCUCGGCUCGGCCCGGCCCGGCCCGGCCCGGCGAGGAUGCGGGAGGGGCGGCCAGUGGCCCCCCGCUGCCCUCCCGCCUGAGGGGCGCCCGCGCCGCCGCCGCCACCAUGAAGAAGCAAUUCAACCGCAUGCGCCAGCUCGCCAACCAGACCGUGGGCAGGGCUGAGAAGACAGAGGUUUUGAGUGAAGAUCUCUUGCAGGUGGAGAAGCGCCUGGAGCUGGUGAAGCAGGUCUCCCACAGCACCCACAAGAAGCUGACCGCAUGUCUGCAGGGCCAGCAAGGCGUGGACGCUGACAAGCGCUCGAAGAAGCUGCCGCUGACAACACUGGCACAGUGCUUGAUGGAGGGGUCAGCGGUGCUGGGCGACGACUCCCUGCUGGGGAAGAUGCUGCGGCUGUGCGGGGAGGCAGAGGACAAGCUGGCUCAGGAGCUCAUCCACUUCGAGCUGCAGGUGGAGAGGGACGUCAUCGAGCCUCUCUUCGUGCUGGCUGAGGUGGAAAUCCCAAAUAUCCAAAAGCAGAGGAAGCACUUGGCAAAGCUCGUGCUGGAUAUGGACUCCUCCAGGACAAGGUGGCAGCAGUCUGCCAAGUCCUCGGGUUUGGCCAGCAACCUGCAGCCCUCGGGUGCCAAAGCCGACGCUCUCAGGGAGGAGAUGGAGGAGGCGGCCAACAGAGUGGAGAUCUGCAGGGACCAGCUCUCGGCUGAUAUGUACAAUUUUGUGGCCAAAGAAGUAGACUAUGCAAACUAUUUCCAAACGCUCAUCGAGGUGCAGGCUGAAUACCACCGGAAAUCCCUAGCGCUGCUGCAGAGUGUCCUGCCUCAGAUUAAAGCCCAGCAGGAGGCAUGGAUGGAAAAGCCCUCCUUUGGGAAGCCCUUGGAGGAGCACCUGGCUGUCAGCGGGCGGGAGAUCGCCUUUCCUGUGGAGGCGUGCGUGACGAUGCUCCUGGAGUGCGGCAUGCAGGAGGAGGGUCUUUUCCGAGUCGCUCCCUCGGCCUCCAAGCUGAAGAAGCUCAAAGCUGCCCUGGACUGCUGCGUGGUGGAUGUGCAGGAGUACUCAGCUGACCCACAUGCCAUCGCAGGAGCCCUCAAGUCCUACCUGCGAGAGCUGCCAGAACCCCUCAUGACAUUUGAGCUGUAUGAGGAGUGGAUCCAGGCCUCCAACAUCCCGGAGCAGGAGAAGCGGCUGCAGGCUCUCUGGAACACCUGCGAGAAGCUGCCCAAACCCAACUACAACAACAUCAGGUACGUGAUUAAAUUCCUGGCCAAGCUGACCGAGUACCAGGACAUGAAUAAAAUGACACCGAGCAAUGUGGCCAUCGUGCUGGGGCCCAACCUUCUGUGGCCGCAGGCGGACGGGAACAUGACAGAGAUGAUGACAACCGUCUCACUGCAGAUUGUGGGGAUCAUUGAGCCACUCAUCCAGCAUGCUGACUGGUUCUUCCCUGGAGACAUUGAGUUCAAUGUGACUGGCAACUACGGCAGUCCCAUGCACAUCAACCACAAUGCCAACUACAGCUCCAUGCCCUCCCCAGACAUGGACCACGCAGACCGCCGGCAGCAUGACCAGGCACGACGGCCCCUUAGCGUGGCUACAGACAACAUGAUGCUGGAGUUUUACAAGAAGGAUGGCCUUAGGAAAAUCCAAAGCAUGGGCGUCAGGGUGAUGGACACCUCGUGGGUGGCUCGCCGAGGCACGUCUGCGGCACGCAAGACAGCCUCCACCCCGCCAGCCAUGCAGCCGCCUGCACCGCCCUCAGAGCUGCCCCCCGCGCCCCACUCACCCAUUCCCGAGCAAGCGCUGGACACAUCCGCUACCCCUUCCCCGCCUCCCACCAGCUUUGGCUUCCCCCCGGGAGCUGAGCGGACAAGCACUCUCGGACCCCCGGAGCUCCCCCCCGGGGCCGGGCAGCUCCACGGCAGCCCCGGGCCGGUCCCGGCCGAGCAGAGCCCGCUCGCCCCGCGCAAAGGUCUGCUCCGUUUUGAGGUCCCUUCCCUCCACGUCCCCCCAGAUGCCGCCCUGUGCCGGGACCCGCCGGAGGCACCGCAGAGACUCUCGGGGCCAGGCCCGGCUGCCCGGCCGGAGGAGGAGGAGGAAUCGGAGAGCACAGCCCUAUGACAGUGUCCCUGUCCCCAAGCUCAUCCUUGCAUCACCCAGGGGCCAGCACCGGCCGUCGGCACCAGGGGUCACUGGCACGGCAGUUUUGUGUGGCAAAGUGCCCAGUUUGGGGGCAGUCGCUGGUUUUGAGUUCAGUUUCUUUUUGCCUUAUCCAGACUUUGCCUUUCAGCAGGGUGCCUGCCCCUCCCCCCCUUGCCCCGCAGCACCCAUGGUCCUGGGGUGAUGCCACCACCUCCUCCGUGCCCUGAUGGUGGGUGCCGCUGGGUACCAGCCAGGUGACAAUGAGCUCGAUGGUGCUUUGCAGCAGGAUUUCAUUUCUUCAGCUUCUGCCCCCUCCGCUUGUUUGCCGGAGCAGGACGGGACCUGAUCAGCAAUAACAGGAUGUGCCCCCCUCAGGCUUUUGGGGUGCCAGCGGGGAAGGGCACGUGUCCCUUGGCACCCAUUGUCCCUGUGGGUUGGUGGCUUUGGUUGUGCAUGCAAAGACAAAUUAACCUUUUAUCCUUCCCAGAGAGAUAAGAGAUAUAUAUAUAUAUCGGCAGAGAUACAUAUACUAUAUAUUUGUAUCUAUAGAGAGAAAAAAUAUAGAGAUUUGUUUUAUUUGGAGCCGUUCUCGCCCACCCAGUGCCCAGCAGGAGGAUGGAAAUGGCCGUGCUUCACCCCCCGCCCCGCUCGCACCAUGCCCCUUGCCCCAGGUGGGCCCCUGGGGGCACCAGCACCCCAAAAGUAAUCAAUAAAUCCAUGUGCCACUCGCUGGGAACUGCCCGGCA